UCCCAGGGAGUCAGGAGCAGAGAGCCCGGGAGCACUCAGGCCAGCUCUGCCCGCACACCUGGAAGAUGAAGGUCUCCACAGCUGCCCUCCCCUUCCUCAUCCUUGCUGCUGCCCUUGGACCCCCUGCCCGGGCAUCUCUGCAGGCUCAAUCCCCAGCCCCUGAUUACGGGAGGGAUAAGCCCGUGAUGCAUCAUUCCUUCAUACUGCAGCCAGGCGUGCACCAUCACACUGACUGCUGCUACAAAACCACACAAAAUAUCCGAUGUAGAAUCAUGGAGGAUUAUUAUCAAACAAGCAGUGUGUGCCACCUGCCUGCUGUCAUCUUCAAAACCAAGAGGGGGAAGGUGGUCUGUGCCAACCCCGACAGUGUGAGAGUUCAGCGUUGUAUGCAAGAGCUGGACUCAGCCAACCCCAGGGAAACGGGCAGGGCUGGGGUCCCAGGGAGUCAGGAGCAGAGAGCCCGGGAGCACUCAGGCCACGCUCUGCCCGCACACCUGGAAGAUGAAGAUCUCCGCAGCUGCCCUCCCUCUUCCUCAUCCUUGCUGCUGCCCUUGGACCCCCAGCCCAGGCAUCUCUGA